GCAAGAAUACGAAUCAUAUGCGGAAGAAUUUGGCAUUCUCAUGAUUUCUCUUAUUUAAAGAUUUAGAUUCAAUUUAUUGUCAUAAAGGCCUUAUAUUUUCCAAAAUGAGCAAAUCAAAAACCGGCAAGAAAGAAAAAAUGAGUGUCGCAAGUGAGAUUGACCGCAUUGAGGAGCGCAGAUUGCAUUGUAAAAACCACCUGGAGAGAGCCGAGUUCAGACAGAGAAAAGAGCAACUCUCAGACGAAGACGGGCAAGCCAUGGAGGAUGAAAUUAUCAUAUUGAAUGAAAGAAUACAAAAAUACGAAAAGGAGCUGCAGGUGCUCAGAGGAGAGAACAGGAAAAACAUGAUACUCUCUGUCGCUUUGUUGGCCAUCAGCGCACUUUUCUACUAUGCAUUCAUAUAUUAAGACACUUUCUUUCAUAUAAGGGAUUGAAAUAUGGGGAGAUUUGCCAAAAACACCCAUUCGCCAUUCUCCAGCCGGUACCAUUGUUUGGAG